AUGGCGGAAGGGCCAGAGGACCUGAACCUUCCCAACGCCGUCAUCACCAGGAUCAUCAAGGAGGCGCUCCCCCACGGCGUCAACAUCUCCAAAGAGGCCCGAAGUGCCAUCUCUCGGGCUGCCAGCAUGUUCGUGCUGUACGCCACGUCCUGUGCAAACAACUUUGCGAUGAAAGGAAAACGAAAGACCCUAAAUGCUGCUGAUGUGCUAUCAGCAAUGGAAGAGAUGGAAUUUCAGCGAUUCAUUUCCCCUUUGAAAGAAGCACUAGAUGCAUAUAGGCGUGAACAGAAAGGUAAGAAGGAAACUUCAGAGCAAAAAAAGAAGGAUAAAGAUAGAACAGAUUCCGAGGAGCAAGACGAGAGCAGGGAAGAUGAUAAUGAUGAGGAUGAUGAAAGAAUGGAAGAGGAAGAGCAGAAUGAUGAAGAAGAGGUUGACAAUUGAGCUUCAUGGAGAGA